AUGGCGACUUCAGAUCUCGACCAGUUGGUCAUGAUGGGAUUUGACAAAGAAAAGAGUCAGCUGGCCUUAAAGAAGUCAGGUGGAUUGGCGGAUGCCAUCGACUGGCUAGACACAAAUUCGUCAAAGUCACUGGAAGAACUAAAGGCCGAAGAAGAAGCCGCCGUCCAAGCCCAAGCCGCGGCAGCAGCGGAGGAAGCGAGGAGCCUGGUUUGCAAUGAGUGUGGCAAGAAGUUCAAAGGCACUGCUCAGGCUGAAUUUCAUGCUUCCAAGUCGGGUCACACGGACUUCGCAGAGUCGACCGAAGAGAUCGUCCCUUUGACCGAGGAAGAGAGAGCGGCUAAACUUGAAGAGCUACGGCAAAAAUUGGCGGCCAAACGAGCCGUGCAGGCAGAGCAGGAUAAGAUUGACCAGAAACGCAACGAGCAGAUCAACCGGAAAAAGACCAAAGAGACCGAGGAUUUGAAGGAGCAACUGAAGGUCAAAGAGCAAAUCAAGGAGGCGGAGAAGAAGAAACGCGAGAAACAGGCUGAGAUCGAAGCAAAGAAGCGAAUACAGGCCAAAAUAGCUGCUGACAAGGAGGAGCGAAGAUUGAAGGCCGAAAGAGAGAAGGCGGCAAGGGCAGGCGCAGCAGCACCAGUUGCAGCGCCGCCGCCUCCCACGGCCGCACCGGCUGCCUCCAAACCCGCCUCAGAGUACAAGGAGACGCGGUUACGAUUGCAGACGUCGGCUGGCAACAUCUUGAAGACAUUCCCUGUCGAGACGACCUUGUUUGAAGUAGCGGCAGCAGUCGGAGAGGAGACAGGUCGAGACGUUGAAAGUUUCAGUCAAAACUUUCCCAGGAAGGUGUUCGGUCAGGAGUUCUUCGGAGAGUCGUUGAAGGACUUGAAAUUAGUGCCCAGCGCCAGCUUGAUUGUGAAGUAG